AUGGCCCAGACCGGAUAUAACCCUCGAGUUAUGAUUUUCUCUACCGCGAAAGAUGCCCAACCUGACGUACCUUUGUCAAUUCUCUCCGAACACACGUUUGGUGUCCGAAGCAUUGCCUUUAGUCCCGACUCACAAUACCUAGCGACUUUGGGUAAUAUGAACGAUGGAUUUCUCCUGAUCUGGUCUAUCAACCUCAAGAAUGGAUCAGCAAAGCUGCACUCAGCUAACAAGUGUACCUCCUUCAUCCGAGAUAUGUGCUGGGUGGGUCAAGCGCUCGUUACCACUGGUGUGCGUCAUGUCAAGGUCUGGAGACUUCCCAUGUUGCGUCCAGUCUCCCCCACAAAGUCUCGAUUGAAUCUGGAUGGAGGAGGGCCUUCACCAAACCCGGCUCCAAAGGCUCUCUCAGGGAGGAACUGUUUGCUUGGGGCUCUGGGGGACAGCACUUUUACCUGUGUAUCAAGCAUUUCUGAUCAAGAGGCUGUGCUUGGUACCGAGUCCGGCGCAGUAUGUCUUCUUGAUGACCGAGAAGGGUCUCAGAAGUUGUGUUUCAUAACUCAGCUCGGAUUCGGUGUUAGUUCUUUGGCAAUUGAUUUCGACCGAGAAUCCAUCUGGCUAGCUGGCCGGGGGAGAAAGAUGCAGCGUGUGUCAUUUGAGUCCCUUCGAACUGCGCCAUCGGCCGCACCAAUGUCACCUGCAAGAUCUUUGAAAAGCGCACCGGACAAGCAAAGCAAAGCACCUGCGAUUACUUGCAUGGGAUCCCUUUACUCCCAUCUAGUUACAGUCGAGGCAACCCGCGAAAUCCACAUUUAUCCAAUAGAUUCCUUGCAAGAGGAAGGAGAGCAAGAAAAUGGCCAGACUUCGAUGCAUGCCCAUCGUGAUCCAGUUCUCGGCAUUCGGGGCCUCACGCAGCCCAAUGAAUUCGCAGCCGACUUCUUCUCCUGGUCGCGCAGCGGGUCCGUCAACUUUUGGGAUUCGCGCGGUAAAUGUCUCUCCUCACAGACCGUCUCACUCGAACAGGCGUCUGCUGUUGACGAGGACGUGGCAAAUGAGAUGAAAGUCCUUCGAGCGGCUGAUAAAGGAGCCUGGUUCGUUUCUGGUGAUAAAUUUGGUGUCUUGAAAGUUCUCGCUGGCAAACCAUGGACCCCCGUCAGCGAAGCUCGCGCUCAUGGUGCUGAGAUCACUGAUAUCGCCAUAUAUGAAUCUCCUGAUUCUUGUCUGAUAGCGAGCUCUGGCCGAGAUCGUAUGGUGCAGCUUUUUGAGAAAACCGAAGAUACCCUCCAGCUGAUCCAAACGAUGGAUGAUCAUGUGGGGGCAGUGGGACAGCUGCUCUUCAUGGACGAUGGUGAGAAACUUCUUUCAAGCUCUGCAGACCGGACAAUUCACAUCCGGGAGCGUGCAACCCGAGAGGAAGAUGGAGCAACUUCAGUCGCAUAUCUCAUCUCUCGAAUUGUUACUCUGAAAGCAUCACCCGUCUCUAUGACGUUUUGCCCCGACGAUUCCAAUACACUAUAUGUAUCAACAAUGGAUCGAAAUGUGUCGAAAUUCGACGUACCAUCAGGACGACAGUUGCACUGCUUUCGGUCAUCCGACACCGAGGCAACUGAUGCUGUGAUCAUGGGAUCAUUAACAGUAACCUCUGAAAUUCCGGGCCAAUCUCCAAAACUUUUGCUUGGGCUUUCCAGCACUGAUAAAUCAAUUCGUGUCUACGAUCUGGAAAGGGACUGUUUGCUUACCGGGGAGUUUGGACACACUGAAGGAGUGAGUGAUCUUCUACUGCUGGACCAGCCAGACGACUCAGACAAAUCGAUCAUGAACCGCCAAGUGGUAUCUGCCGGCAUAGAUGGCCUUCUGAUGAUUUGGAACUUGGCUGUACAACCUCAGCCAUCUCCUGAGCUCGGACAAAGUGGCCGCGAAGACGAAGGGCCUGUAAAAGAGGUGACCGCGGCAAAGCCACCUCUACGCAAGGUGCUCUCGAGAAGCGAACUUGCCGGAUUUCGACCUGAGAAUCCCCUCGGCACACCAACCCCAGUUCGCGAGCUGUCCCCGACUUUGACAAGGAGAAUGUCAAAACUUUCCUUGACUCCUUCAACCCUCAAGAAUCAAGCAGUCACCGAAACACCAUCUCCUCCGAAUCGUCUUUCUCCUACUUCUUACACCCCCAUUGAUCAGUCUCGUCGCUCUCCUUCGCCAGUGAGCCCAAAGUCGAGACUCUAUUCCAGAAAGCCCAGUAGCGUCAAGAGCACCAGUCGCCGCACGUCGCUGGACUUCAGAUCACGCGGGAAGACGUCAACUCGCAGCGAUUUCGGCAGCCUAGAAACCUCCACAGAGCAAUUGUGUCGAACUCUGCGAGCGUAUCGCAAAAAGCUCAAUGGCUCCUCGCAAAACAUCCAAGCUCGAAAAGAUCUUGAGCGUGAACUGAGCCUUACCCUUCGAGCCGUCAAUUCGCGUUCUCUCAAUAGCGACGAGAGUACUGAAACCGAAACGGACAGCAGCGGCAAAGAUAUGGAGCGCAAGCAAAGCUUUUCAUCUAUUUCUUCCAGGUCUCCUCAUCAACCACGCCAUAUGCCCUCGACUCCAUCCUUGCGCAGCCGAAAUCUACCAAAAGUUUCCAGAAGUCACUCUUUUGACACCACUGCUGAAGAGUAA